AGUUCCUCUUCACAUUCUUAAGUUACACACCUCCACAAAUCCGCUAAACAAUGAUGCUUUUUUAUAACUGUUGCUUAAGAAGGUGAUAAGUGUUUUGUUGUUGGUUUUUUUAUAUACUCUUACCAAAUUUAGAAACUAAAUCGCUUUACUAAUUAAAAAUGAAUAACACUUAGCGUCUAAAACUUGAUAGGAUGGUAAAAAGGAUAUAAGUGUUGUAAACAGCUUUUGUAUGAAAAAGGGAAUUGAGAGGUGAGGAAAACCAUUUUCUUAGAAACUAGAAAAUAGUUUAGAUGAAAAGUAAACAUUCGGAUAAGUUUGAAACGUGUUUAUAUUAAUCCUAAAUAAUUUGCAGCGGGUGGAUAAAAAUCUCGAAAGUUUAAUACAGCUUCCAGAAACAGGACUUGUUCCGAAGGGAAAAGUAAGAUGGAGAUAAAAUCAUUAAGAAAUCAGUUUUGUUAUAUCAAAAUAUUCACAUUUGUGCUUUCUUUGACUGGUUUACCAAAAGGUCCGGAAGCUACUAAAAUAACGACGAAUUCCUUCCCUACGCAGUCGUCUGUAACUGCAACAACAACAACAGAUAACCAGGAUUAUUACAAUGACCCAGAAGAAAUGUUAAAAACAGAUUCGGAAUAUUGUAAGACAAAAUCAUCGUGUUUUAAUAAAACGUUUCCUUCAUUCCCAGACAAAAGCUGCUACUGUGAUAAGUUAUGUGGACUUUUACAGGAUUGUUGUAAAAACUUUUAUCCGGAAACCGAAGCUGAGACUACUCUGAAAAUGAACCAGUUUUCGUGCGUUCUCCAAGAGGGAAUUUUAAAGAAUGAAAACUACGGUGUACAUAUGGUAACAAAAUGUUCAGAACAUUGGAAUCAUAAAGAAACAGAAACGUUAUGCGAGGAAAACACCGAUGCAGACGACAUUUUUCUUAAACUUCCGGUGUCGUAUCAAUCAAUUAUGUACAAGAAUUUGUAUUGUGCGCAGUGUAACUACAAGUACGAAUUCGAGUACUGGAAACCGGAAAUGAAGUGUCUAAAUAAAACGGGAGUUCGAAGUCUGCCAGGUAGGCCUGAUUGUGAAUUAUUUUACCUUCCUCCCAAACCGGAAAUUGGUUAUCGGACAUGUCAGUUGAAACCACGUGUUAUUGAUUCAUGCUCGGACAAAAACGCCGAACAUUUCAAUGAAAAUGAAGAAAAGUGCACUAAUGGAAGCUUUAGUAUAGUGUAUGAUUCGUCUGGAAUAGCCUUUCGCAAUGAACACUGCGCAUCAUGUAACGGACAAACUGGAACUUUGUUUUGCGAGAUAAUAACACCUUCCUCUCCAUUUAACAACACUCCAACAGAAACCCCGAGAAAAGUUUACAGUUUUAGACUUCUUGUUGAUUUUAAUAAAGGCACUGUAGACAAAAAUGGUGUUAUUUCAGAUAUGGGCAACUGCGCUGACAACGAACUGUAUGAUAGUUUUUCGGAGAAAUGUCGCGAAAUAUUUUGUCCUCCUCCUCUAGUGGCUGUCAAAGGAUCUUGUUCUGUUAACGAAACAAAUGAAACUAACGAGACCAUCUCAUCAACCGGAAAUUGUACUAUGGUGAAACUGGACCCGUCUGAAUAUAUAAUAAUUAAUAACUCUCGCCUCUUUGUUUUAUCAAAUAACAAAACCUAUCUCAAAGAGGAAUUUCGGCUGAUAGAAAACAAUGUAUUUAUUUGUGUAACAAAGACAGACCAGAACUGUUCGCAUAAUUGUGAUAACGAAAAUUCCAUAUUCCAGUUUGACAUUAUUGAAAGUUAUUUAUCGAUGAUUGGUUUAAUUAUUUCAAUAGCCUCAUUAGCUAUUACGUUGAUUGUAUAUGCAACAUUUUCCCAGCUGAUGAACAUACCGGGAAAAAUUCUCGUCUGCCUGAUCGUCGCUCUCUUUCUGGCUCAGCUUCUUUUUCUUGUAUCUGCUGAAAUGGAAACUGUUUCUCAACUCUGUAUUUCUGCCGCAAUUCUUAUCCACUAUUUUUUUCUGGCAGCUUUUUGUUGGAUGAAUGUAAUGGCCCUUGAUUUAUUGUUGACAUUUUCUAACACUUUCAUGUCAGGAGGGUCAAGACGAAAUAAAAGCAGGUUUAUAAAGUACAGCCUGUAUGCUUGGUUGACACCUUUAGGUGUAGUUACGUCUGCCGUAAUAUUAGAUUUCUGUAUAGAUAUCGAAGAUAUUUCCUUUAAACCACAAUAUGGGAAGAACGUAUGUUGGAUUUCUUCCAAAUAUGGUCUUAUUAUUUUCUUUGCUGCGCCACUGGCUGCACUGAAGUUGUUUGACGUAGUAGCGUUUGCUUUUACUGCUUUUAACAUUGCCAGGGCGAACAAACAGGGAGCUAUGGCUUCUAAACGGUCACGAUCGUGCUCACUUCUUAUCAAUAUAAAAUUGUCCGUUAUCAUGGGACUCACGUGGAUCUUCGCCUUCAUUGCCAACAUUACUAAUGAGACAGUCACAUGGUAUCUAUUUAUAAUAUUCAAUUCCUUGCAAGGGCUACUUAUAGCAGUCUGUUUUCUGUGUACAAGGAAAGUUGGACGCCUUCUGUACGACAAAUAUGAACAAAUAUCUUCAAAGUCAACUUCCGGUACACAAUUGUCGUCCUUAUCAUAGGGAGUUGUGCCCAAAAACAAGAACUUUCAAUUAUCGAGAAACUCUUAUUAACUUAUUAAUGUGAAACUGUUUAGAUGAUCUUGUGGUUGCAUCUUUUUUA